CGCUUGGACACAAAUCGAGUCCUACGACGAACUUUAGACGGGUUGGAUUUGUGCUUUGUUUUGAAAACACGAAACCAAGAAAAGAAAAGAAAAGAAAAGCCUCCGACAAAUAUAAACUUCGAUUUUCUUCCUAGACUUUCUGGGUGCUUCAAAUUCUUUUCCGAGAAAAGAAGAAGAACCGAAGUGUGUUAGAAAAAAAAUGGCAGAGAAUCACGAAUUACCAGAGGCAACUAUCCAGAACAUACUGGACCAAGAUAGCUUGAAAUGGGUUUUCGUUGGUGGCAAAGGAGGUGUUGGUAAAACCACUUGUAGCUCGAUUCUUUCCAUCCUUCUGGCUCGGGUCCGAUCCUCUGUCUUGAUUAUAUCCACCGAUCCUGCUCAUAAUCUCAGCGAUGCUUUCCAACAACGAUUCACUAAGACUCCCACUUUGGUCAAUGGCUUCAACAAUUUAUAUGCCAUGGAAGUGGAUCCUACUGUGGAAAACGAAGAUGUGAAUGGACCUGAAGGAAUGGAUAGUUUAUUUUCUGACUUGGCAAAUGCAAUUCCAGGAAUUGAUGAGGCAAUGAGCUUUGCUGAGAUGCUUAAAUUGGUACAAACAAUGGAUUAUUCUUGCAUCGUAUUCGACACUGCACCAACUGGACAUACUCUUCGGCUUUUACAGUUUCCUUCUACAUUAGAGAAGGGGCUCGCAAAAAUGAUGUCAUUAAAAAGCAAAUUUGGUGGCAUAUUGAGUCAGAUGACCCGUCUUUUCGGGAUGGAUGAUGAAUUCGGGGAGGAUGUAAUUUUGGGGAGGCUUGAAGGAAUGAAAGAUGUGAUCGAACAAGUUAAUAAGCAGUUCAAAGACCCGGACAUGACAACCUUCGUCUGCGUUUGCAUUCCGGAGUUCCUCUCUCUAUACGAAACAGAGAGACUGGUGCAGGAACUCGCCAAGUUUGAGAUAGAUACACACAAUAUCAUCAUCAACCAAGUAAUUUUCGACGAUGAAGAUGUCGAGUCCAAGUUAUUAAAAGCGAGAAUGAAGAUGCAACAGAAGUACAUUGACCAGUUUUACAUGUUAUACGAUGACUUCAACAUCACGAAGCUGCCGCUGCUCCCACAAGAGGUUACUGGGGUUGAAGCUCUGAAGUCAUUUUCACGUCAUUUACUUUCACCAUAUCAACCCUUGUGUAAAAGAGGAACGGUAGAAGAUCUUGAGCGAAGAAUAUCGAUGUUAAAGGUACAGAUAUCAGAAGCUGAAGCAGAACUUGAGAAACUCCGAAAAUGAGAUGGAAACGUCUGAAUGGUGUUCUAUAUGAGAGCGUAUGGUCUAUUCAGUUUGCCGAUUUGCUCGGCAUCGCAUGAUAUCAUGUGACAUUGUCGAUUGAAACAGAAUUUAGCAUUCUAUUUGUGUUGCUGAAUAAUGUUUACAUAAGCAUAAUUUAAUUUUAGAGAAAAGAAAUUCUUUAAA